AGCUAUACGGGAGGGGAGGAGCUGUACGGGAGGAGUCAGGGAGCUACAUGUUAACGGCUCUGCGGGACUUUUAAACAGCGACCCGGGAUUGUGGGCUACUGGCUCUGUUAAGAAAAUCGGAAGUGUCCCCGGAUUAUUGUGCGGCAUGCAGGCUGGCUGGGUAUGCUGGGAGCCGUAAUAUAACUGGGACGAUCUGCAGCUCUCUGUGUCAUUAGUUCCUUCAGCCUCGUCCUUGGAACGGAGUCACGCAGCGAGAUUCCCGGGGCUACAGCUCAGAUACACCUGGAGCCGAGUGCGGCUUUUCUGCACCCUGUAACCAGGAAAGCUGUAAAACCAAGGCAGCCCCAAAAGAGCAGCAGCCCAAUGGAGCCGGGAAGGGCACGAGAAGCGGAAACUUUGUGCAGCAUAACCCAUCUUAAUAAAUGAAGAAUAGAGGAAUAUAAAAUACCAGCUGCUCAAAUCUUCAGUCUUUUCUUCCUUGUAACCACUGCUACAUCCAGCAGCACUUCUUGGGCUCUCUUUCUGUAUUUCCCAUUAAUCCUCUUUUGAGAAUGCAUGUCGAUGGAGGGGACUGAAGUGUUGUUAAGUAUGCGCGAAGACCCUAGUUUUCAUGUCCGGUACAGAAUGGAGGCAUCAUGUCUGGAGCUGGCCUUGGAAGGAGAGCGUUUGUGUAAGGCCGGGGACUGCCGAGCCGGGGUGUCUUUCUUUGAGGCAGCUGUGCAAGUAGGAACUGAAGACCUGAAGACUCUGAGCGCCAUAUACAGCCAGCUGGGCAAUGCCUAUUUUUAUUUGCACGAAUACAAUAAAGCGUUGGAAUACCAUCACCAUGACCUGACUUUAGCAAGGACCAUUGGAGACAGACUUGGUGAAGCCAAAGCCAGUGGGAACCUUGGCAACACCCUAAAGGUUCUGGGUAAUUUUGAAGAGGCAGUCUUGUAUUGUGAGCGUCACUUGGAAAUCUCACGUGAGCUGUAUGAUAAGGUUGGGGAGGCUAGAGCACUGUACAACCUGGGGAAUGUGUACCAUUCACAGGGCAAGAGUCUGGCCUGCACCGCAACACAAGACCCAGGUGAAUUCCCAGAGGACGUGAAGGCAGCUCUGCAGAGGGCGGUGGAUUAUUAUGAGGCCAAUUUAUUGAUUGUAACAGAUCUGGGAGACCGAGCAGCCCAGGGCCGUGCUUAUGGAAACUUGGGGAACACUCACUAUUUGCUGGGGAACUUCCGAAGGGCAGUCUCUUCUCAUGAGCAGAGACUUCUAAUUGCCCGAGAAUUUGGGGACAGAUCUGCGGAAAGAAGGGCAUACAGCAACCUAGGCAACGCAUUUAUCUUCUUGGGAGAGUUUGAGAUGGCAGCUGAAUAUUACAAGAAGACACUACAGCUGGCACGGCAACUGAAGGACAGAGCGGUGGAAGCACAGAGCUGUUACAGCCUGGGAAACACAUACACUCUCCUGCAGGACUAUGAGAAAGCCAUUGAAUAUCAUUUAAAGCAUCUGGCCAUUGCACAGGAACUACGGGACAGGGUGGGAGAAGGCCGGGCCUGCUGGAGCCUGGGAAAUGCAUACACUGCCUUAGGGAACCAUGACGAAGCGGUACAUUUUGCAGAGAAGCACUUAGAUAUUUCCAGAGAGCUUGGAGAUCGUAAUGGAGAACUUACAGCACAGCUGAACCUGUCGGACCUACAGAUGGUGCUGGGAUUAAGCUAUAGCACCAAUGCCUCAGUUCUGUCAGAAAUUCAGGAUACGGACACAAGUAAAAAUGUUGCACGACCCAGGCUAAGCAGACGUCACAGUAUGGAGAACCUUGAGCUUGUUAAGAUAACACCAGAGAAGUUUCAGGUGCAAAACUGGAAUAGUGAAAUACUUGCCAAGCAGAAAGCCCUGCUGUCCAAGCCCUCUGCCAAGCUCAUGUUUGUCAACAGACUAAAAGGCAAAAAGCUGAAGAGCAGUUCAUCUAGCAAAGUCUUACAGGACACCAGCAACUCCACAGAUGCCUACAGAAAGCUGAGCAACUCGCAGCGUAAAAGCACAAGCACAGACGCUAUUGGAGAAGAAGGCUUCUUUGAUCUUUUGAGUAGAUUUCAAAGCAAUCGGAUGGAUGAUCAGAGAUGUAGCCUGCAAGAUGGGAAGAGACUUAAUGUUCCCUCCACGACACCGAAAACUAUGAAAAAGUCAGUGUCUGCCUGCGCCAUGUCGCCUCACACUGAUGAGUUCCUGGACCUGAUUGCCAGUUCUCAGGGCCGCAGGCUAGAUGAUCAGAGGGCCAGCCUCAGCAAUCUUCCCGGCCUGCGGAUUAACCAGCAACAAAGCCACUCUGUUCUGGGACAUUUAAUGGCUAAUGAGAACCGGGAACCUGAUGAAGACUUUUUUGACAUGCUCGUGAAAUGUCAGGGCUCCCGCCUGGAUGAUCAGCGAUGUGCCCCCCCUCCACCACCCAAGAAAGGCCCGACAGUCCCAGAUGAAGACUUUUUCAGCCUUAUCCUGCGUUCCCAAGCUAAACGUAUGGAUGAACAGAGAGUUACCCUCUUAAAGAGACCAAACUCGAAUUAGAGACAAGCCAAACCCACCUUUCUGAAUGUCCAGUAACUCUGCCUUUACUUUUUUUUUUUUACAUUUUUUUAGACUUUUAAAGGUAUUUUAUAGUACUUGAAAUACUAAGUGGGUACUAAACAGUACGUGUGCGUACACAAUGCCAAGCUGUGCAGGCAUAUCCAGCAGUGCAACUGUUGACGCCUUGCUCCGAAGAACUCUCUCCAGAAACCACUGCCACUUCCCUGCUGUACAGAAAGGGAAAUAAUGGGGCCCUUUCACAAGCAGUCCCAUGUACAUGUACCUCUCGGGCUCAGGGACUGAGUAACAGAGCAACGCAGUAAAAGGAAAAAACAACUGUGUACAACUCUGCUGUUUAAAUGAAGGUUGCUCAGUAAGUAGAAGUCAUUUUUUCUGCAUACAGUUAUGUACUGUGUGUAUAUGGACUGUAUAUAGGUAACUAUUCUGAGUAAAAAAAAAAAAAAAAAAAAAAAAACUGCCUUUGCAGCGGACAAUACAAUGGCCUAGAAUAUUGUGGUUGCUGCACCCCAUAACUCCCUGUAUCUUAACCUUGGUUCACCAGAUGCUGAUGCACUACAAAUCCUAGCAUACUGUAACCCUUGAUAAUGCAUGGUUGGAGUUGUAUUUCAGCCACAAUUGGGGACCCAUGGUUUAAAAACAGGGCUUUAACAGAAAAAGUAUAAGUGACUGUGACACAUCUAAAUCAAAGUGCUGAUUGCCAUAGAUUAAGCCAUGUGCACUGUGCAGUGUAGGGCCCCUUGAAAAAGCCAUUUGCACUCUGUAAGAGCUGCCCUGUUCCCCAUUUAGUUUUUUCCUUAUUUGUUCUACAGGUUGUAAGUCACAGUUUAGCAACUGAAUAUCGUAAGGUCUGGCCUGUGUUCCUGCAAUGAGGGGGUGAAAAAAAAGAUUAUAUGUAUUAAUAAUGUUUUCGUGUAGGCAGGAAAAAGAGCUAUUUUAGUCUCUAAGCUCGGCCCUGACUGCAGGACAGCACACAGAAGGCAAAAUCAGGGUGACUUCAGACUCACCCAUAUAAUCGUAAAGAUCCUAAAGGUACUGCAAAUAAAGUUGCACUGAUUUGAGUCACUUUUUUGGUAAUGGUACUCUGGGCCUUUCAGAUGGACAGGCAACAAAAUGCUCAGAAUAUCUCCCAUUAAUUCCUUUGCAAAUCACAGAGGAAUAAAUGGGGGGCAGUUGAGCAUUCUGUCACCCAUCUGCCAAGCAUUAAUAAACUCACCCUAUGUACCAUUACCCUAAUAACAAGAGAGCACCACCAUCUCAUAUCUAGGCCAUUACCCCUGAAGCACUACAGAUUGUUCAUAGCUUUGUAAAUAUUUUUCAUUUGGUUUUAUUGUCGAAGUGAAAAUGUAAUGAGUGGUACAUUCUAAUUAAUUCUGAAUGUGUUUGCUUUAAGCGCACUGAUUUUAUUUGCAAAAGGGCUAUUUUUUAAUAGAAAAAUAUGUAUUGUACAAAAAAAAAACUUUACAGAAAGGUACAGUGUUCUGUGCCAGCUCGCAGUUUUGAAAAAUAUACAUGAAAAAAAGUCUAACACCACUAAUGGUAUAAUUUGUUCUUUUGCUCAAUUUUUCAUUUUCUAAGUUGCCAGUUCCAUUCUGUACUGUGUAAUAAACUGUGGCAUAGAACACAA